CUUUUUUUUUUUUUUUUUUUUUUUGGUACCACAGUCAGAUCAUUUCGAAUGCAAAGUAUUCCAUUGAGUAAUUGUUUUUUCAAUUGACACUGCAUAGUCAUUGCAUAAUCGUUUUCCGGUUCUGUCCAUUUCACUUUGUAUCAGUUGGUCAACCUUUCCACGGUAUUCAUCAUAGCUGGAAAUAGACUUGAUUGGAUGGCGUUUUUUUUUUUUUUUUUGGAAGGACAUUGAGAAAUUGGAGGAUGGGCAGAAUGAGUAGACAACUGAAACCAUGGACAUAUGAUGAGUAGUUAAAAGAACUGAAGUUGUUAAAGCCUUAUUUGUUUGGGAGGAUCUUGAAGCUGUUUGGUGGGCUUGGGUUUCAUAUCCCUCCACUACCAUUUUGUGCCUCUGGAGAGGUGACAUCAUAGUUGGAGCCUCAGUUGCCACCUCUGUAAACAUGGUUAGACUCAUCUCAAGGGUCCAAUGAUCCUAUAUGUUACCUUAGAAAAUUCAUUUUGCUUCCGUGAGCCUUAAUUUCCUUAUUUAUAAAAUGAAAGGGGUGGGACUAUAAUUUUCUAAAGCAUCUUCUAGCUGCCUGUACCCACUGUCACUUGACUCCAGAUUUUCCUUAUUCGAUUCCCAGCAUCCUCUUUGCUGUCGUCUUAUCCUUUCCCCAUCCCCACCUCCCCAUUCUUGGGUUUAAGAUCCAUCAGACUGCUCAAGUACGCAGUGAGUUGGCUUUCAUUUUCUUUGUCACACAUCAGCACUUAGCAGGGCCAGAGUCUCUGUGGACAUUUGGUCUUUUUACUUGCCCUGGAGCUUUCCUCAUUGACCCAUAUCCAGAUUUUAGAAGUUUUUAGUCUAUCUACCUUGUCCUUCGUGAAUUUAAGGAGGCAAAAUCUAAGUGCUACCCUUUGGCAUUUUGAACCUCCACAUCCUGUCUUGACUGUUGAAUUGGUGAUGAGAUUUUGAAGGCAGGGAGACACGGGGCUAAGUCUUCGUAAUGAACGAAAGGACCUCCUUGGAUGCUGAGUAGAUGUGAGAUCUUGGUCAAGUCAAGUAUCUCUGAUUGUCAUCUAUAAAGUAGGAGAUGGGGUUCAUUCUUGCACUUUCUGCUUUGCGGGCCUCCUAAGGGUCUAAUAUCUUUUGUUGGAGCACAUUGCAAACUUUGCGAGGCGUAUAUAUGAUCUGUUCUUAUCUCGGAGGGGAAAAAUGAUCUGUCCUUUGGAAAUAAUGGCAGGGGGUAGGGUGUGCAGUGACAGAGUGUCUGGGCAGGGUUUGCUGUGACCUGUAAUAGGCCGAGGGUCAUGUAGUGUGGCUCACCUACUUCUCUUGUUCUUCCUCUCCUCCCCACCCCCUUCCCCAGACAGGCUUGGAGGGAAGCCCAGUUGAUGGACCCGUCCCAGGCCGGAUGGACCCAGGGCCAGUGUACCAUGGGGAGGAACGGCGGCUGAACACUCCCAGGGUCCCGGUCAAUGGGGCUGGAGAACCGGCUGGGCCGGGACUACUGGGGGUUGGGGGAGUGUGGCAGGUCGACCAGAAGCCUAAUUGGGAACCUUCCCCCAGCCCUGCUCAUGCUGCCCACCCAGAAGAUGCCCAUGACCUCGUGGCCUUCUCGGCGGUGGCCGAAGCCGUCUCUUCCUAUGGGGCCCUCAGCACUCGCCUUUAUGAGACCUUCAAUAGGGAGAUGAGCCGGGAGGGUGGCGGCAACCUCAGUGGCCCUCAACCUGGCCCCGAAAGCUAUUCUGCAGGGGGAGAGGACCUGGACACCCUUCAGACGGCCCUGGCACUGGCCCGCCACGGUAUGAAGCCACCCAAUUGCAACUGUGAUGGGCCCGAGUGUCCUGACUACCUCGAGUGGCUGGAGGGAAAGAUCAAAUCUGUAGCUGUGGGGGGAGGGGAAGACCGGUCUCGGCCUCCAGAGUCUUUGCCUCCAAGAGAAGUGGGCCUCCCUGCUGCACCCGGACCCCUCCAUCCCGGUGAAGUCGGCCUCCCUGCUGCACCCGGACCCCUCCAUCCCGGUGAAGUGGGCCUCCCUGCUGCGCCCGGACCCCUCCAUCCCGGUGAAGUGGGCCUCCCUGCUGCGCCCGGACCCCUCCAUCCCGGUGAUGUGGGCCUCCCUGCUCCCGGACCCCUCCAUCCCGGCGAUGUGGGCCUCCCUGCUCCUGGGCCCCUCCAUCCUGCUGAAGUGGGCCUCCCUGCUCCCGGGCCCCUCCAUCCUGGUGAUGUGGGCCUCUCAGCUCCUGGGCCCCUCCGUCCUGCUGAAGUGGGCCUCCCUGCUCCCGGGCCCCUUCACCCUGCUGAAGUGGGUCUCCCGACACUGGGCCCCGGGCCCCUUCUCAGCCCCGACGCUCCCCAGCUGCACUCGCCCAACGGUCUGCCACUUUCGGAGAGUGCCCUAAACAUCGCCAAGGAGAAAAACAUCAGCCUGCAGACAGCCAUCGCCAUAGAAGCCCUCACCCAGCUCUCCUCCACCCUGCCCCAGCCAUCUCCCUGCCCACAGUCCAAGGCCUUAUCCCCAAAUCCUGCUUUCCGACCUCCUCAGUCCUACCUUCGGACCUCCCCGUGGCCUGUGGGACCCCCGGAAGAGCCUCAGUCUUGUGCUCCUGAGAGUUCCGCCUUCCCUCCGGUAGCCCCCCGCACCGAGUUUCCCGAGGUCUGGGGCCCAGAGACCCCCCCAGUGACACCUUGCCCCUCCUGGCCCGUCCCCCGCACCGGUCCCGACCCCAUGGCUGAGCUGGAGCAGCUUCUGGGCGGCUCCAAUGACUACAUCCCCUCAUCUUUCAAACGGCCCGAGGCCCUGCCCGCCAAGGCCAAGAUCAAGGUGGAGCCCCGCUCUCCCCCUGCGCCCACGCCCAGUCCCCGGAAGGAGGCGCCCACUCCGCCCUCAGAUCCCGACACCCACCGAAAGGUCCAGUCGACCCUCCAACAGCACCUGCAUCACAAGCGCAGCCUCUUCCUCGAGCAGAACCAGAACGGUGGCUGCCCCAGGGCCUCCUCGGUGCCCCCCACCCGGGGCUGGUGGGCCCCUCCGAUUCCCGGGACCCCUCGACCCUUGGACAAACCAGCCAAGGAGAAGAAGAAGAAACAGCUGACUGCGGUCGGUGGCCUGGUGGGGGGUGAAAAACGGGCCCUGGGUCUCAAGUCGGUCACCAGGAAGAUAGUGCAAAUUAAGAAGCCCAAGGUCCGCGACACCCACCCUCGCUUCCUGCCUGUCCGCCAGAUCAACCUGGAAGUGUUGAGGAGCCCCACUCCGGGGGCCCCGAAGGCAGGCGUCACCCCUCCUCUGCCUGCCUGCAGGGGCGCCUCCGUGCCCGCAGCCCCAGCCCCUCCCCAUGCAUUAUUUGCACCAGGUCCCUCUGGGGGUAGCCUUCUGCCCCCUACUCAGGAAAUGGCUUGUCCCAGCCUUGCCGCCGCCCUGCAGUCCAGCCCCACUGUCCCCCUGGUCCCCGCCGAUGACAAGCUGGAGGAGCUGUUCCAGCAGUUUGAAGCCGAGUUCGGGGACAACUUUGGCCUUGCAGCCGCACCCCCAGCCCCUGCCUGCUCCCCCGAGCACCUGGCCUCCUGCGUCCUACGCCCCGACAGCCCCUUUUCCGGACGGUCCCGCAAACAGAUGAAGAUCGAAGCCUCGGGUUCUGUGGCUGUGAUUUCUACUACCUGCCUGGAGGCAGAGGAAGGGGGCCUGGAGACCCCCAUCAAGCAGGAGCAUACAGCCACUCCCAACCUCCGGGGCUUCUUGGAGUCUCCUCUCAAGUACCUGGACACCCCCACCAAGAACCUGCUGGACACCCCCUCCAAGAGAGCUCAGGCCGAGUUCCCCGUCUGUGAGUGUGUUGAGCAAAUAGUGGAGAAAGAUGAAGGUCCAUAUUACACCCAUCUGGGGGCUGGGCCCUCUGUGGCAGCCAUCCGAGAGCUGAUGGAGGACCGCUAUGGAGAGAAGGGGAAAGCGAUCCGCAUUGAAAAGGUUGUUUAUACCGGCAAAGAAGGGAAGAGCUCCCGGGGCUGUCCUAUUGCCAAGUGGGUCUACCGGCGAUACACUGAGGAGGAGAAACUACUUUGCUUGGUUCGCCAUCGCUCAGGGCACCGCUGUGAACAGGCCGUCAUCAUCAUUCUCAUCAUGGUCUGGGAGGGCAUCGGCCCGGAACUGGGGGACACCCUGUACCGGGAGCUGACGGAGACACUGCGCUGCUAUGGGAACCCCACCACCCGGAGAUGUGGCCUCAAUGAUGACCGAACCUGCGCAUGCCAGGGGAAAGACCCAUCCACCUGUGGUGCCUCUUUCUCCUUUGGGUGCUCUUGGAGUAUGUAUUUCAAUGGCUGCAAAUAUGCCCGGAGCAAGUAUCCUCGAAAGUUCCGGCUCUCUGGGGACAAUCCUGUAGAGGAGGAAAACCUUCGGAAACACUUUCAGAACCUGGCCACUCAGGUCGCCCCCCUGUACAAGAAGCUUGCUCCCCAGGCUUAUCAAAAUCAGGUGAACAAUGAAGAAGAAGCAUUAGACUGUCGUUUGGGACUGAAGCCAGGCCGGCCUUUCUCAGGGGUCACAGCCUGCAUGGACUUCUGCGCUCAUGCCCACAAGGAUCAGCACAACCUGUACAACGGCUGUACCGUGGUGUGCACACUGACCAAGGAGGACAAUCGCCUUGUGGGCCAGAUCCCCGAGGACGAGCAGCUGCACGUUCUCCCGCUCUACAAGAUCGCGAACACGGAUGAGUUUGGCAGUGAGGAGAACCAGAGAGCCAAGAUGGCGAACGGGGCCAUCCAGGUGCUGACCGCCUUCCCCCGGGAGGUCCGCCGGCUCCCCGAGCCUGCCAAGUCCUGCCGGCAGCGACAGCUGGAAGCUCGCAAGGCGGCGGCGGAGAAGAAGAAGCUCCAGAAGGAGAAGCUGCUCACUCCGGACAAGAUCAAGCAGGAAGUGUUAGACAUCCCGGAGCUGCUCCAGCCCGAUCCAGGUCUCUCUUUGAAGAACGGGUUGUCCCAGCAAGCUCUGAAGCCUUCCAUCAAGGUUGAGCCCCCAAAUCACUACAGUUCCUUCAAGUACAACGGCAACUCGGUGGUGGAAAGCUACUCGGUGUUGGGCAGCUGCCGGCCCUCGGACCCCUACAGCGUGAGCAGCGUUUACUCUUGCCACUCCUACUAUGCACAGCCCAACCUGAGCCCCAUCAACGGCUUCCACUCCAAGUUCGCCAUCCCGUCCUUCGGCUACUACGGCUUCUCCCCCGGCAGCUCCGUCUUCCCCUCCCAGUUCCUCAACUACGGUGCCAACGGCCGGGGCCCCGGCGGCUGGGGAGGCCCCAUCGGGGUUUUCGACAAGAAGCCGGAUCUCCAGGCCCUGCAGAGCAGCCUGACCCAGCCGUACAGCGGCCCCGAGUUUGCCGAGCUGCCGGGCCCGGCCGUCGGCGGCGACGGCCGCCACACGCCUCACCACCAGCCUGCCUAUCCGGGCCCCAAGGAGUACCUGCUCCCCAAGGGCCACCGGACUCACCCCACGGCCACGGCCCCCUCCCCUUUUGCACAGAGUGGCCCCUGCUUCGGUCAAGUCAUCAAGCAGGAGCCGUGUGACCGCCUGCCUCAGGCCGAGCCCCUCCCUGGGGUCCCUGGGAACAUGGGCAAGCCCCCCGUCCCCGAGGCCUCCCAGAAUGGGACCAAGGAGCACCUGUGGGGGGGUGCCCACCCAGGCAGUCAGAGCGCUUCUCCCAAAAGGACUAAUGGCGUGACCGGGGCCUGGGGCCUGUUCCCCUCUGGAGAAAGUCCCGUCCUCUCUGACAAACUGGGGUCUUUUGGUGCUAGCUGCCUGCCAGCGUCCCGUCUCUCGGACGGCCAGUGGGGCCUGUUCCCUGCCGAAGGGGGGCAGCCGCCCCAGCAGCCCCCCCUGGGGCCUCCCAACGGAGCCGGCCUGCUGAGCAAGGCCUGGAGCCCCUGCAAGUUCCGCAAUAGUACUUCCACCUUAAACGGGCCCAGCCUGGCGGAGAAGCCCUGGGGUGUGGCUCCGGACUUCGGCCCGGCUCUCAAAGGAGCCCCAAGCUACCCCGAGAAGCUCUGGGGGCCCGUGAAGGGGGACGAGGGGCGGACUCCCACGCCUGCGGGGGGCCUGCCGGAGAAAGCCUGGCCCUCUUUCGGCAUGGCCCUGGGUUCUGGGACCCUGAAGCCCGAGGAGAAGCUGUGGGACUCCUUGAAUCUGGGGGAGGUGCCUGCCGAGGGCCCCUCGGACAAGGGGGCGGUGAAGGCGGAGGAGGGCGGCGGCGGCGGCGGCGGGGUCGGCCCCAAUGGCAACGUCGGCCCCAACGGCAACAGCGCCGUGGAGGAGGAAGACGAACUGUGGUCCGACAGCGAACACAACUUCCUGGACGAAAACAUCGGCGGCGUGGCCGUGGCCCCCACCCACGGGUCCAUCUUGAUCGAGUGCGCCCGGCGCGAGCUGCACGCCACCACGCCCCUCAAGAAGCCCAACCGGUACCAUCCCACGCGCAUCUCGCUGGUGUUCUACCAGCACAAGAAUCUCAACCAGCCCAACCACGGCCUGGCCCUCUGGGAGGCCAAGAUGAAACAGCUGGCCGAGAGGACCCGCGCCCGGGAGGAGGCGGCGCGGCUGGGCCUGAGCCACCCCGAAGUCAAGCCCUACGGGAAGAAGCGCAAGUGGGGGGGCGCGGCCGCCCCCGAGCCCCAGCAGGAGGAGCAGAAGAACCCGAUCCCGACUCGCCACGGGCCGGCCAUCACCACCGACUCGGUGGUCACGGUCUCCUCCUACGCCUACACGAAAGUGACCGGGCCCUACAGCCGCUGGAUCUAAAGCGGGGAGCCGCCUUACCUCAGCGUCCACGGCACCGAAGCCCGGGCCGCCAUCGCGGUGCUUUUCCUCGCCCCCCGGGCCGGAGAGCCGGGCCGGGCAGAAAUACUUAGCUAUGUAUAUGUCGCCACCACCCCCACGUAUAUGUACGGAUACUUCUGCCCCGGCGCCAGCCUCCCCGGAGCGCCCCCUUCUUUCCUCUCCUCCCCUGGCACUUUGAGGAAGAGACUGUGGCUGUUGGAUGUUUUUCAGUAAUCUUAGUAUUUAUAUCUCCACGUUGGGUUUUUUCCCUUGGUCGGGGACUUCAGUUUUAUUUUUAAGAAUCUGUCCUUGUGUAUGACAAGAAUGGAAGAAAAGUUUAUAGCAUCCUUUCACAAAGGAGUGGUUUUUAAUUGCCAUUUAAAAUGUGUAUUUAUUGGAUUUUUUUUUUUUUUAACAAAAGGAACAAUGAUGACGAUAACCUAGCCGGCAAGAAAAGCCAGAAUUCCAGACAGCUUCUGUUCCCGUCGGGGAGGUCUCUGCCGGGAGGGGAGCGCUUGCGUCACCCGCUCCCCUGACCUUACCCGGACCCUCCCGAGCCGACCGACCGCUCGUCCGUGUCUCUCGACCCAAGUGCAGAUGUUCGAGCACCGCAUCCUCUCCUCCUGGCAGACACGCUUCUGUGGCUCCGGGGAAGCCGGGCCAUCCGGGACCGCCCCGGGCGCUCUCGGGCAGGACGGGGCGUCCGCCGGGGGUCCCUCCGCGGGCUUCUCCGUCCCCUGCCCUCCGCUGCGCCCUCCACCCGAGAUGCCGAGGUCGGCUUCUUCGGAAACCAGGCUGGAAGUAGACACGUUUCAGGCCUGCUAGUCUCCACACUGAAUAUUCUUUGUCCGUUAUUUAGCAAGUCCCGUUUUGUCCUCGGUCACCAGGUAGCGCCCGGAGAUGGAGCUGCGGUUGCGGCGGAGAAAGGAUGCUUCCUCCCAACAGCCACUUCAGCUGCAGCGCGCAACUACUUGACGUGAUACUUGGGGGCUGAAGGAAUCUGUCGAAAUCUUAACAGCAGUUUUAAAACAAAAUCCAACCAAUAAGAACCCCCUUCCCUCGUGAUCUAUGCUAAUAUGGAAAAAGGGCUACUGUAUCUUAAACAAAAAAAGGCAAACACAAACUGUGAAUAGUUGCUCUGUGUAUAUCACUGUUGCAAAGUCUGGUGCUGUCUUGGAUUUUGCUUUUGACUCUCCGGUCCGAGAGAGCUGGGCAAACCGGAAUAACAUAAAAGCAACUCGGAGAUCCUCAUUUCCUGGAUUUUUACAUUGGACCUUGGUGCACGCGGGACCCUUGAACCACCUGCUCCGCUUCGGGGCCGGGAGGUGGAAGAGGGUCAUUCCUUACAGAUGCAAAUUCAACUGGUUGCUACUUUGAGGUUUCUUUUCCAGCUGGUGCCAUCUCCCUCUGAAAACAGCCCUCCCUCUCUCCCUCCCUCCUUCCUUUUCCUGUCUCCUUCCUCUUCCUCCAUUCCUCCUCCUCCCAAAUGAAAGAAGGAAAAAAAAACCACCACAUCCUUCAGUUUUCCCUUUUAAAACUGGUGCAUUCAAACAGCUCAUUGAAACCAGAAGUUUCAAGUGUUCAUUUGAAACAAUAGGUGCUUACUUUUUUUGCAACUUUGUGGAGAGCCUGCAAAAAGUGGUUGGGACCCACGGGUGAACAAGCUAUCGAUCCGUAACAAACCAGACUCCUGGGGGAGGGGGUGUGAAUUUCUGUGGUAUUAGCUCAACUUGUCUGGCGCUAGCUAGCUCUCCCUCCCGGCCCCCCUUCUCCCCCCACCCUCCCUCACCCCAUUCAGGCAGAUGCAGGUGGGUGGGGCCGGUCGCCCCUCACCUGGCUGCCUCCAUCCAUCAGCCCACCUGUGGACCUGGCCCCCUCCCCACGGGUGCACCCUCAGAGAAUUCAGUCAAGUCCUUUUUCAGCGCAACCGCAGCUGGCAGUGGGUGACAGUCUGUUCCUAUCCGGACAAAACCAGAUGGAUGCUACGGUCCAAUUCCCGCACUUCUAGGUGCCUUUCCCCCGAGAGCUGAGAACUGAAUCCAAUCCUUUGUUUACUGAAAUGUUCCUGGAGCACUGGCAGAGAACCUCUGUGAGCCGGCCGAGGGAGCAUUGGCGUGGUCUGAUUUUAACUGUAAAUAGUGAAAGAUUUUUUUAAAGCACUUUCACCUAGAUUUAAAUAGCAACUUGAAAAAAAAAAAAGCAGUAUGUUUUAACAGAUGAUAACGGGAGACCUGUAAAUAGUAGCUGUGUAUUUAACGUGCUUUUUGUCCACCUUUUUUUAAAAAAAAAAAAGAAAAAAAGAAAGAAAGAAACCAUAAUCCAUAACAAUUCUUUUACAGGAUAAGAAUGAGUGCUUUUGAAAUCAAUACCCAAGAGCCUAUCAGGAUUGAGGAUGGUUCCAGACUCAGAUUUAUAGGAAAUCCUGGGCACUUCUCGGUGCAACGUGACAAAAGCCUUUAAAGGAUUGGCCAAUGCUGAGCAUGCUAAUUUUGUAAUUUUGAGGAACCAGCUGGGGCUGAGCGGUCCUUUGGAUGCUAGCUUGCUUUGUUGCAUCAGUAGUAGACUCUCGCAGGUCUCAUUCAACUCCGGACUUAGGUAGACAGAUGCAGGGGUGCCUUGAAAACUUCAUUUUAAAAUCUCUCUGAGAGCGAGUUGACUAUUUUUAAGGAACACUUUGAGAAUGUGACCUUCUGUUUGAUCUUUACACAUCCCAGGUGGGGGAGGUGGCUGCUGGGAUGGCUUUGGAAGGCGUUUCCAGUAUGACCAAGGGGAUUCCCACAAAUGGCAUAUGUGACUUACUCUUCCUGAUGUUGCUUCUCCUUUGGGCUCACCGACCUGGUGGCGGAAUUGCAAGGGGAAUGGUGUCUGAAAGGAGAAGUUAAUCCAGCUAACUGCAUGUGUCUUUUCUAUCCCAGCCCCCUAGCCCAAACAACUUUUGCUUUCUUAACUUUUAGACUAGAACACAGGCUGUUCGGGAAAAGAGAAAAAGGGGCAGCCUCCAUUGGAUGGCUCCAUCCCAGAUAAAACGGUGUUUUGAUGGAAACGAUAGUACUUUUGCAAUGUUCAGAACCGUGCUGUUUUUUACACACUACAUAUAUAACCUACCUCAAAUCUCAGUCAUUAAAAAUUAGCAUGCUUUAGACUUAUAUUAAAAAGAAGAAGAAAAAAAAAAACUAUGCACAGCUAUUUACCCCCACCCUUGCUGCUGAAGGUUUCUUAAAGAGAAAAAUCAAUUUUUUUAUUUUUUACUGGCGCCAUCAUUUUUGUAAGCUCUGAAGAUGAUUAACAGACAUCUUGAUCAUGAGAAAGAAAAAUGAAAGCCAUUGCAUCUAAAGAACCUUAACAGCAUGACCCAGUUUUGCUCAAAAUUCACCUAAUAUAGUGACACGAGAUUCAGGGCAUUUUGAUCCUUGGAUCUUUCCCUUAUAUUUUGUCUCCAGAUGCUGUCUGUACUCAAUUCCCGUUGAGGUCUGACCGUCAAAGGAUAGAUUUGCCCCAAAUUGUGUUACGGGUUUGGGGUGGGGGUGGGGUGAUGUGAAGAGGGAUCACUGUUUGCAGCAGGUUAUCAUAUAAUUGGUGCUAGAGCCUUGAACCACUGUCUGACCAUUGGACAUUUGAAUUAAGCUGUUUCAUGGGGUGUUUUCCAUUGUCUUUUUUUUUUCCUUUCUGCAGAACCCAAGCUUCCUAGAUUCUAGUUUCCCCUUUCCUGCUCUGCCUUCUUCCUGAGACUACAGUGGUGAGGAUGAACAGAAAUAUCCCCCCUCCCCACAAUUCUCAAAAAAAACCCUCUUUGUGGCCAUUUCCGUAUAUCAUGGGAUCAGAAAUUCCCACAACUGGAAGAUCCCCCUCCCCCCAAAAAGGACCAAAUCUUAAUUGCACUGCAAGAAUUAUACCAAGCAGAGGAGGGUGUACAAAGAUCAGAGGUUAAACAUACUUCAUCUCUAGCAAGAUUUUCUUUUUCAAGUUCGUCCCCACCACUGUAUCCCCAAACUAAGGCAUUGCAGAAGGAAAACUAAUUACACCACCACACAAAACACACACACACACGCACACGCACACAUACAUACACACACACAUAUAGAUCCCUGAUGUGCCUCAACCAAUAUCUCUUCCCUUUUAUUACUGAAGUAUGCUCUAUGGACUAGGAAGCAUAUUUUUAUGAAUUGAAAUAUUCUAAAUAAAAUGGUGCUAUGGUGUUUUAACAUAAUUGUCUCCCUAUCCGGUUUUGCUGAGGUGCUAUGUAACCUGUAUCAAACCACAUACCAAACAAAAAUGAGGGGGCCUCCCUGCCCGUUGGCUUUCUUUUCCUUGUGGUGCUAUCUCCUGGGACCUCCUCUUUGGCGAUGAUGAAUCUGGACCGAAUGGUUUCCAAUUGCCGUUUCCUUCGCUUCGGCGAGAAGUGGGAGCCGAGCUCUGCCCUCGCUUCCCUCGCCGUUGACGGAAACGUACUUAGUGCAGGAAGGGCUGGCCAACCGGACUCUCACGUGCUCGGUCUCUGAGUUCUAAAUCAGUCAUCCCAUGGGCUAGUUCAAGGGGAGGUGGAGAAAUGCUAACUUUGGGAAGAGAAAAGUCUAGAACCCUUCCUUCUCUUCCUCGAGCUCAGCAGUCGUUCUUGGCCCCCUUCUCUUUUUCUGGCAACCUUCCCACUAGCAAAGGUAAAUUUCUCAGGGAGGCCUGGGAGGGGGAAGUCUGCAUGAGGAAGGUGUAAACCAAAUGGAAGACCUUCCCUUCCUUCCAGGAGCUCAGUUCACAGUUGAAAGGCAGGAAGAAAUAUUGAGUCGCUCUUCCCACCCUUCUCCCCCCACCCCACUCUGCUCCUUGGGCCUGUAGUUCUUUCUUUUACCUAAAAGUAACAUUUUACAUUGAAGUAGGUGCCUACCCUUGACUGCGCUGAGUGCUCGACUUGGGCUCAUCAUGGCGUUUCCUUUGGGUCAGCAUUUAGGAAGAGAGAGGAUGGCGGUUCCGGCUGCUUUUCAACUCCUUUGUCAUAUGUUGGUGCUACUUGGAUUUUCUCUUGGGUUCUAGGGAGUUGACAUUUUGAAACCGACCAGAAACGCUAGGCUUUGCAUUUGCACUUCUGUCGUCACGAUACCUAAGAAACAUACCUCAAAAGCUAGACUAUUGUGACGAUGGAGGUGGCUAGAAUCUGAAAGAAGUGUCUCCAGACUAGGAAAUGCAUUUUGUUCAUUUGACACUGUAUUCCUGGGGGAGAAUGUGGGAGGGGCCUCUUCUGCAUUUUUCUUAGGCAGUAUGUUUUCAAAUACCUAAUUAGAAGUGGGAGGAGUCAUAUUUUGCUCCCAGAGAUUUCCUCCUAGCUCCCAGAAUUCCUAUGAGUUUUCCUGACUGGUCAUUUUCGGGCAUUCAGAAUGGAGCCUUGAGACCAGUUCCAUUCAUCUGGAAUCAACGGCCACUUCAACGUCAUUCUGGGCCCUCCCUUCCUUCCCCCUCGUCCCCCAAAAAAGGACAGGUUUUUUGGAGGAAACUAAUCAUUGCACAAAUUGAAAAAAGGAAUGGAUUUUCGAUUUGAAGGUGGGGAGAAAAAAGGGGGUUAGCUAAGUGGUAACACAAAUAGAGAACACUUCAGGCCCCCAGAUUUUAAGUUCCUCUUCCCUUCCACUCUCAGCCAAGAGUUUCCACAGAUUGAAAGAAUAGUAAAGUCCAAACAAUGGGCAUUUCUUUCCCCUUAAGCAAAGAUUGUCCAAACGGUAACCCCAGGUUUUUCCACGCUCUUUACCUAAGAAUCUGGGAACAAUUUGGCCCAAUUUCUCAUUUCUUUCUCUUCUAAUAUCAGGGAUGCUUUUAAAUAGUGGUUUUAAUUUUUUUUGGCCAUUUUUCUCAUUCUAGCAUCAUUCAGGGAUAACUCACCAUUCUUCACAUGGAAAUUAAAUAUAAAAGAAAAAUACUAUUUCGUUGGUUUCUGCUUUCAAAACUUUUUUUUUUGCGUGUCUUCUUGAAUGCCUCUAUUUUUUUCCCCUUGUAGGGAUGAGAGGUGCUAAUGCCAUUUCUUUUUCAUGACUUCAAAUAAAAAAGAAAUGAGACCAGGUUGGACUGUGGCAGAUUGAUGCGGUAGAGUGGUCUUGAGCUGUAGCUUGUUGGUGAAUUUCAUUUUCUCUCUCUUUGAAUUCCUGUUUGGUUACCUGGCUUCCAAUGGAGGUGAACUUCCCAACCAUACUUGAAGAUUCCGUCUAGACUCUGUGACCGUGGUUACUUGAAAUGAAGUUUAUCUGGGGUUGGUUGAUGAAUGGUAGAGUUUGCAAUGUCUCAAGGCAAUAGGAUGUGUAUUAUUAAACUGUAGAUAUUAUUAGUACAGUAAAUUUAUGCUGAUAAUUUUAUUUUGUAUAAUUUUUAUCUUUUUUUUUUUUUGGUUAAUAUUUUUCCUUUCCCGGUCCCCUUUUUGGUUUAUCUCCUACCUGACCUUGUUCUCUCCUACCUCCCUUUCCGUAAAAGCUUUCUCCUAUUCUCUCCCCACCCCCCAGUGUUUCAGUAAAUUUAUUUUUCAGGUGCCUAAAUAUUGCAAGUAUGAAUCCUUUUUUUUUUUUUUUUUUGAUUUGUAUUUUAUUAUGAUUUACACAAACAGCUGGUUUGUGAACUGUAUUACUCCUGAUAUCUUUAAAAUAUUGUGGGUGUUUUAAUAAAUUUUAUAUUUAUUUUUUGCACUCAAA